AUGUUGCGUCUGGCGAGAGAUGCUGACCAGUUCUGCUCGGCCUCCGCCUACCACGACCCUUCAUCGAUCAAGUGGGAUGGUAAGGUAGAUAAGGAGAAGGAGCUCACUCCAGUAGAGGCAGACGCCUUGGCUAAGAAGAGGAAGCACUAUGGUGCUUUGAUGCAGUCGCCACUACGUGUGAUGGUCUGCACUGAUCACGCGGCGAGAGGCUUCGACUGGCCUCAAGUGGAUGCUGUCAUUCAUUUCCAAAUGCCUCUUGAUGCGGUAAGUUCCUGCAUAGGAGUGGGAGAGGAGGUCGGUUGGGACGACCUUGUCGGAUAA